GUUCUGUAUACAUUUAAAAUUAAUGAACUUAAAACAGAAAAAAAGAGAAAAGAAAAAGUAUUAAAGAUAUUGAAUUGCAAUGUUUGGUGCAAAAACUCCUUUUGGUGGUGGGGGUUUUGGGUCUACUACCACAAAUGCAUUUGGAACUCAACAAACACCAUCAUUUGGAACAGGAUUAUUUGGUAACAAAACUCCAAGUGCUGGUGCAUUCGGAACACCUAGUUUUGGUACGCCUUCAUCUGGAGGUUUAUUUGGUGGUACUAGUAGUGGAUCAAACAUCUUUGGUGCAAAACCUGCACAGUCUGGUUUUGGAUUUGGUGCUACUGGAACUUCUAGUGGUGGUUUGUUUGGUGCUAGUACAGGAUCCAGUCUAUUCCAAAACACUCCACAAACCAGCAAUGCCUUUGGUAAGACAUCUGGAAUUUCUGGCUUUGGUAGUAGUAAUAGUGCAUUUGGUGCAACGUCUGGAUCAUCAUUAUUUGGUGGAGGUACUUCAACAUCUUCCAACAUGUUUGGUGGUACCACUGCCUUUGGACAACCAUCUUCAGGUACUACUACAAAAUUUGUGCCAGUAACAAGCACAGAAAGCACACAAAAAAGUGGUGUCUCAAUGACUGUAAAAACUCAGAAUCAGUGCAUAACAAUCAUGGAUGCUUAUAAAGAUAAAUCUGUUGAGGAACUGCGGCUGGAAGACUAUGCUGCUGGAAGAAAGGGUAGCGCUGGCUCAACAUUUGGUGCUAGUACUGGUUUGUUUAGCAACACUAGUGCUAGUACAGGAACAUCAAUAUUUGGAAAUACAGCUAAAUUUGGUCAAAAUACUAGUACAGGGCUAUUUGGAAAUACAUCAAGUGGAGGCUUGUUUGGUGCUAAAACAACUUCCUCUAUAUUUGGAUCAAUUCCGACUACUAGUACUAGUGGGAUAGGUGGUUUCGGAACUGGAUCUACAAAUUUAUUUGGAAACACACCAAGUGUCUUUGGUCAAGCUGCGACGUCAUCAUCUGGUAGUUUGUUUGGCAACAACAAUACUCUUUUCGGUAAUACUUCAACCGGUUUUGGCUCUACAUCUCAGGGGACUGGUCUGUUUUCCGCAAGCAAGCCGUUAAUAGGAUCUAAUACAGGAUUUGGAACAACAGGUGGUUUCGGCAGUGCAACAUCAACAGGUGGAGGCUUAUUUGGAGCCACAUCCAAACCAGGAUUUACAUUUAGUACAGGGACUACAGGUUUUGGUGCUACAUCAAACACAGGACUUUUUGGAGGUACAUCUGGAGGUUUGUUUGGAAAUAAGUCUACUGGUUUUGGUACAACAGGGUUUGGAACUUCCACUGGUACCACGGGAAGCUUAUUUGGCGGCUCCACUUUAGGUGGUGGAACCACUGGUUUCACAGGUUUUGGAAGUACCCAAAAUACAGGCCUUGGUGGAUCAAGUUUAGGGGGCCUGUCCAAUGUUGACCAGAAUACAUUAGCAGCCAUACGACAGCAGCAGAUGAUGCAACAACAAUUAAAAGCAAUAGCAAACACGCCUUUCGGUGAUUCACCUCUUUUUCGCAACUUAGCAGCAACAGGGGACAAAAAGGAUGCCAGUAAGAAUCAUGGGCUGUUUUCAGUUGGCGUUGCUAAUAAAGAACCAAUGAAUGCAUCACAAUAUAAGGUAUUUUCAAGGCCUGCAGCAAAAGUAAAACUCCACCCUGUUUCAUCACCAUCUCUUGGAAAGUCUCGCUUGUUUGAUGGUUUGGAAGAUGAAGGAGAUUUUAGUCCGCAUCCACUUAAUCCACGCAGAAGUGUGAAAAAACUUGUCAUCAAAAACAAACCUUUUCCAGAAGUGGAUUCUUCAUACGAAGAAGGUCAGCUGAAAUUGAGAUCAUUCAAUGAUGCAGACGAUGAUUUAAUUGCUCCCUCUCCAGAGGUUAUCAAAACCAAAAAUAUUAAUGAAACCGGUGGAAGUCAAAUGUCAACAGAUGGAACAAAACAAUCCACAAUGUUUGAUAACACUAUUACAGAAUUGAACGCAGCUGAAAAGACCCCAAUAUUUAAAAAGCAGGCUAAAAACUAUGUUUUGACGCCACUCUCCGAUUCGGUUGAAGAGGCAGUAGAAGGCAGAAAUGAUAAAACUGAAGUUGAUGAUGAAUAUAAAGUUCCGAAGUCUGGAAUCAUUUUAAGAAGAGCUGAAUAUUAUACUAAGCCACCACUUGAUUCUUUGGAUGAUCAAGUUCGCGAUGAUCAAUGUUUAGUCAGAGAUUUCACAGUUGGUAGAGAAGGCUAUGGCGAAGUCAAAUUUUUGGGAGUCACAAAUGUUUAUAAUUUGGAUCUAGACAAAAUCGUGUUUUUUCAACGUAGAGAGGUUGAGGUCUAUCCAGAUAAUUAUGAAAAUAAACCCCAAGUCAGUGAAGAAUUAAAUAAACCCGCUGAAAUCACAUUGUUGAAAGUUUGGCCAAAUGAUAAAAGUUCGCACACACCAGUUAAGACACCAGAGAGGUUAAAAGCUUCAGGUUUUAUUGAUCGCCUGGAAGAAAAAACUUUAGCAAUGGAUGCUGUAUUUGUGGAUUACCGUCCCCAAGAAGGGGCUUGGGUUUUUAAGGUCAAUCAUUUUACACGCUAUGGAAUUCAAGAGCAGUAUAUUGGAGAGGGGGUUAAUGUAGAGCGUCGAAAGAAAAUAUUGCGUGAGAAGAUUGUUGAAGAUAACACAAAUUUUGUCGACUUUCAGAAGGAUGACGAGGAUAUAGUCGUUCUCACAAAAGAUGAAGUGAAAAUGAAGUUGAAACAAAAAAUUGCUCAAAUCCAAAGUACCCGAAAAGCUGCAGAAAUGGAAAAUCAACUUGAAAAUUCUGAUAGUGAUAUUGUGGAUGAUGAUGAUGAUGAUGGGGAAGAUGAGAAUGAUGAGGAGGGGGAUGAUGAGAUUUUAACAGAGCCAGAAAAUAAGGAAAAUAUUAUGGACGUGGCUGAAGAAGACUUUAUGCCUUUGUCUCAUCAACUGGGAAGGAUAGCGCAUGUACAACCAUUUCAUCUACAGGGAAUGAAAACGUCUAUUUUAUAUGAUGAUGAAGAUGAAGAAAACAGGCCGACUCCAAAAACCAUGCUUAGAAGCAAAAGCUUGUUUUCCAAUAAAUCGAUAUUUAACAGUUCUUACAUCGAAAACAAGCAAACUACGUUUACCAAGCUGGACACCUCCAAAAGCACUUCCCUUGCUCAAGAUACAUUGAACAAUUCAGUUUUUCUUAACGUUACUUCAGAGAAGUUGACUAACGUUGGUAAUUCUGCAAAAAUACAGAAAAAAUCUCACUUGUUUAAAUCUGGAUUGUCGUUGCAAAAUUCUUUUGCUCAAGAAGAAACAAAAUCAAUGCCAGAUGUUGAGCGGCCCGUUGAGAAUAACAUGUUCAUAAAAUGCAGGACAUAUAGUUUGGUAUCUCAUGAAAAGUCUUUACUAUUUGGUAGAGCUUCAAUGCUUGCAGAUUCUGGCUUAGUUCAUGGUCGUGAGUUUAAUAUUGGCUGGACAAAUAAACUAACAUUUCUUCACAGUGGAGAAAAAUUGGGUUUAACUACAGAUGGAACACGAAAACAUUUUAAUAUAUUUCAAAGUAAUUUUACGCAAUCAAACUCCUCUUUUGGUUUAACAGAUAACAAUGUAUAUAUGGAAGCUUUUCAGUCACCAACCAACGAAGGAUUGAAUCAAUAUAUUGAAAACUGUCUAUCUGCGGCUUUAAAACAUACACAAUUUGAAGAAAGAGAGGACUCCCCUCUUGGUCUGCUGAAAAUAAAAUCUCCUACGUCAGUUAUUGCAGAAUAUGCAGAGAUAGCGAAAGGAUUCAAGCAAGGAACAGUUGGGAGGAAUUCUCAUGAAUUAACGUUGCAAUCUUGUGUUUGGGAUUUGGUAUCAGCUUUGUGGGGUCAACAAGAAACAGAUGAGACAGGUUCAAUGUAUGAAGUUCAUUCUUCACGUAAGCUUGCAUUAUCUAAGUGGUUGGCGACUGCCGUAGAAAAUGACGUAAGGGCUGAGAUUGAGGCGAACAAAACUAAAGAUGAUGGUCACUUAGCUGUGAUUUUCAACUUGCUGUCAGGGAACCAAGUUCAAGCGGCGUGCGAAGUAGCUCGAGAAAAUAAAGAAAUGCGUUUAUCUUUUUUGCUGGCGCAAAUUACGGGUGAUCACCAUUUGAAACAAUAUAUUCGCAAUCAGCUGAGCCAAUGGGAAGAAAGAAACAUCGAUGAAUUUAUUAGCGGUGAUCGGCUGAAAUUGUACGUGCUAUUAUCUGGCAUGAUGGUUUGGAAGUCCACAACACAUCAUAUCAAUUUAUGUGAUAACGUCAAAUGGAAAAGAAGUUUAGGACUUCAUUUAUGGUACUACUGUUCUUCCACUGCUACCAUAUUGGAUGCUUUCACAGAAUAUCAAAAUUCUUUUAAGGGAACAGACACGUAUGAAGCUUAUGCAGUUUUUCCAUCGCCAGACUAUUCUUCUGAUGCUGCUGCUGAUGAUAGGACAAAAGAUUUAUGUUACCAUUUGUUGGCCUUGUAUUGUAAACGUUCGCAUUCAUUGGAGAACAUGUUGACGCCAAAAACAUAUACUUCUAACCAGCUAGAUUAUCAUUUGAGUUGGCACCUGCACCAAGUUUUAGAUGAGCUUGGUUAUAAUCAUAUGACUGAAGAGAGGCACAGUUUCCUGCAAUGUGAAUAUGCUUCUCAACUAGAAAACAUUGGCUUGUGGCAUUGGGCUAUCUUUGUUUUGAUGCAUUUACAAGAUGACGUCAGGCGGGAAUACAGUGUUAAGGAUAUUUUAAAUCGAAACUGUCAAUCAAACGAUGACGAGGAAGCUGAAUUUAAUCUGUCUAAAGAAGAGGAAAUGAUCGUUGAUCAAUUUAAAGUUCCAGUGCAAUGGUUACAUGAAGCUAAGGCGUUACAUUGUAAGUACACAAAGCGAUAUUAUGAAGAAACAGUGCAUCUGAUCAGAGCUGCACAAUGGGACAAAGCACAUGUUGUUCUCCUUAAUCAUCUUGCUGCAGAUUCCAUCAUAGAAGAGGAAUAUGAAACGCUAAAGAAAUUACUGCAAGAUCUCAAUUUACCUGAGCGAUGUUGCACGAUCAAAAAUUGGAGGAUUGGCGGCCAAGUAUUUUUGGAUUACAUAAUGUUGAAUGAAAAAUUGGAAGAUAUACGAGAGAACAAAAACACAAUGACGUCAUACCACUUAGAAGAUAUGGAGGCAGAGAUCGCCUCCCUUAUUAAUCGCAUCAGUCUAAUGAAAGUAAAAAAUUCUCGUGAAAAACUUUGCCAAUCGGAGAUGGCUAGAACUUGUUCAAACAUGUUAAAAAUAGUUUUCUCCUUGCUGAAGGAAGAAAUGGUAGACGAAGAACAUCCGAAAUGGUCAUCUGUCAAAGUUGUACCGUACGUCGUCGAUUUACCGCUACCUCCAGACUACUAUUUGAAAGAACUUCGGGAAUUGUUAGCAAAUUUUGCUGAUGAAAUUGAAAAUCCUUCUUAAUCUGUUGCUGGCUAACUAAGUAAAAUCAUGUAACGUGAAUUAUUCAGAAAAAUUAAAUUCCAAUCAUAGGGAUGUAAACGGGAUGUAAAAAUAAUAAAGUUAGUGAUGAUUUUGCGUGAACACGAGGACGGCAGGAAAGAUUGUUUACCGUGUUUAAACUUUGACUCUAUUUUUACGGCGACUUCAUAAGAAACAGUUAUGCAAUAAAGUUUCAAGUAUUUUGCUAUCACUAGAUGUUUUUAAAUGUGUAUUAAAAUUUGUGCUGGCACAUUGGCUGAGUGAUCAAGUUUUUAUAAACCAUAAUUCUGUCUGCGUGUAAUCUACCUUCGUCGUGAAGAAAUUCUAAGCUGUGUUUAUCACUCACCAAUGUUUCAACGAAUCUUUUGUAGUUGUUUUCGUAUGUAAACGCAUCAAAUACAGAA